AUGGAGUCCACCCCCUCCUCGAACGGCUUUCGAUCCCGCCGCUCCUACCCAUCUCUCCACCAAGUCUCCGUCGCCCCUCUCACACCCCGAUUCCCCAUCGACGACGACCCAGAACCAAUCGACUACUUCAGUGCCCGGGAUACCACCAACGAAAAUGCCCCCACCGAGAGCCUGGUCUCGCCGCGGACCUCCUACCUAACCAGUGCCUCGGUCCCCGGCACGCCGUCUCUCCUCUCCCAUUCCCGCAGUGCAUCUCGGCCACGACACGCACGAAGCAAAAGCUCGGGCCGUGCCGGACACCUAAGCGAUACAAACCUGCAUGCCAAAGAUAUCGCACACGCCCUGCAUCACCGCCAGUCCGCCUCACACAGCAAUAGCACCAGCCAACGACACAGCUCGGCGGCGUACUCGAAGCGCCAAUUCAACUCGACCGGCCAUGGCGCUGCGACUGCAACAUCCGAUGCCGAGUGGAUGCUCCGUGCCGGCAUCGCGCUGGCCUCAUCGACGCGCGAGCAAAAGGGCCAGAGCUGGCUCUCCAAGCGUGAGAGCUCCACCAGCCUCGUCUCGGAGGUGCCUUUCGACGAGUCCCCCCAUACUGCGACCCGCCAUCACCACCGCAGCAAGUCCGGUGCCUCAUCGCGCAAAUCUCGAUCUGGUGCUUCUACGCCUGGCGGCGCAUUGUCCCGUCGCAGCUCGCGCUCCCGUGGCGGAAGCCGUCGCAGCAGUCGCGGGGGGCUUACCAUGACUGCCAUCCCGCCGCCUUUAUCGUCUGUGCCCUCCUCGACAGCGGGCAAGGUCCCCACCGCUGACCCGGCGGAGGGAACUGCGAGUCCCGAAGAGGCGCGCGGCAGUGAUCCCGCGCUGGUCGCGGACUUUGUGGACGAGCGGAUCCGCGCCGAGAUGGCUGCGCUGCAGCACCAACGCCGGGAGCGAGGAAUCUCGGAUGAAGACUCUGAGUUCCACAUGGAAGGGGAUGGGGAUGGAGAAGGUGACUAUGACUCCGACUCGCAGUACGACUAUUCAUCCUCCUCAACCCCCGACGACGACUUCGACGAAGCCGAUCUACAGCGUCUAACCCGCGAGCGCGGGUUCGGGCUAGGCACCUGGCUCGACCGGCUGGUGGAAUGGACGCUUUUCAGCACGGACGAGUGGCCCGGCGCCUCGGCGCCUGGCACGGCUCAGGCGCGGAUCGGUUCUGCUCCCACCUCUACGACGGUUACAUUCGAGGAGCCGGUGGUUAUCCCCCGCGUCGAGACGGAUGAUCAUGAUCGGCACCACGACAAUCUCUCGCUCGCUUCGUCGGCGGAGUAUGGGUAUGAUGACUCCGAAGACGGCGACGACACUAGAGAUGUUGAUUCCCUCUCUCAUACGAAUGGCGAAGAGUCGACUGCCCAGGUUGAGAAACCCGGUGCAAAGGGCGGGUGGGAGGAUGCUGGGUGGUUGUUCCGCUUGGUCAAGCGAGCCAUCUUAUAA